GUGCAGUAUUGGGAUUCAUAGGGUCUUUGGCUGGAGUGAAGCCGGGACCACUUUCAUCUGCCUCUGCAGACUCUUCUCCUUCCUCAUUUCUUCCACUCAAGGAAUUGGUGCCCGGCCCACGGCCGGAUGUGCCCAAGAGAUGCAAGAUCAUGAACUAAAGUGAGACGCCGAAGGAUCUUCCAAGCAAGAAGCAGCAAAAUGUUAGGCCUACAAGGAUUUUUCCACAUGAUCAGGUUUUCAGAAACAUGAAGGUUUUUCCUAACUUGUCUUCUCUCCAAUCACUGUCAUUAACAAGCUACAGCACAGCGAGAAAGCAACCAAGAUCCCAACAGCUGGCCAGCAGCGGAAGCAGAAAACAAGCCUUGGGGAAGACAGUGCCUUCAUCGAGAGCUGCUUUUCAUUCCUCAGCAAGGAUUAGCUGCCUUGCUCAAGCACCUCAAAUAUCAGUCCUGGCAGGCGAGUUCUCCAGGCCUGCAGGAAUCAGGCAUGCAGGGAGCUCCAGAUUCCUCCCCAGAGGUUCAGCAGCAGCCACCAGACAGAUGCUCCUGUCUGUUCUGAACCUGUCGGGGUGGAAACCAUCUUUGGCUCCCGGGAAGAUGGUGCUUCCAGCCACAGUUCAGCAGGAAUCCUCUGCUGCUCGCUGGGAUGGGAGCAGCAGUGGAGGCCUGGGUGACUCUGAUGGGAACAACGGCCUCCCCCCGGAACAGCCCCAGAGUCUUCGUCCUCCUAGCCCGUCGGACGUUAGGCUCACGAGACACAAGGCAGCGUGGCUUACUCCACAGAGUGCCCCAGAAGAGCAGAGUCCUACACCACCACUGGGAAGUGGCGAGGUGCCUUCCCCGAUGGACUGUAUGCUGCCAAUCGGAGCUUCCCCAUCCCUCCUGAUGGAUGCAGUCCCACUGGGCAGUACCGCCGCUUCGGUGGCCAGUUCCCUCCCUCCGAGCUCAGAAAAAGAGAGUGGAGACUUUCUUCUGACCCCGGCGGCACGAGGUGAUGUGUUCCCAAGAAGCUCACGUGGGUCAUCCGUGACCACGGAGUUAGUUGUUUUUGGCAGCUCUGCGAUUCCAGGUUCCACUCCACACCCUGCGCACAGAAAGGCUCUCCAGCAGACCUCCCAUGUGGAAACAGCUACUGACAAAGGUGCCAUUCCCGUCAACCGAAGAGCUAUUUCCUUGAGUUGCUCCUCACCAGAGAAGUCAAUGCUUCCUGUGGACGUAGAGAUGGAGAAUAUCCAUUUUUUUGUGGCUGAUAUGAUUAUAUCUGCUAUGGAAAGAAUGAAGUUCAACAUCCUAAAUCAACACCAAGCAGAGAUGUGGAGCAGAGAAGAAAGCUAUCAAGUUGACUCUCAAAUAUCCUCACUCAAGCAAGCAGUCACAUCAUCCACUUCUUCAGACAGUGGCUUUGAAGGCUCCACCAGCCCACAAACAGAAAGAUCUCCCUCUCUCAGGGUGAAAGAAGACCAUGACAUUGAGGAGUUUGUCAAUUUGGAACUUGGGCAGUUUGACACCAUCACCAAUGCUUAUCGAUGUUUCCAGGGCUCCGGCAAAAGACCACUGGGUGAACUAGCCAAACGCAGAUCGCUCGAGCCCGACUACAGUUCUGCUGAGUUAACAGCCAAGGAACUCUACAGAUCUUUCAGGAGCCGCUGGAGGAUGAUUGAAGUUGACUUUCAGCUUGCCAGCUCCCUGAAUGCUGCUGGGCCAAUAAUUGUGAAUGAAGAUAAGCUUCAAAAAGACUUUGAAUCCAGUUUGGAUGUAGUCGAAGAAAUAAAGUUCAAGUGCCAACUUAGAGGAACUGAAGACUGGGUCCCACCUAGAUUUCAAGUCCUAUUUAAUCUUCACCCUCCACUCAAGCGGAAUUGCAUUGUAGCGGCCCAGAACUUCUUCUGUGCAGGCUGUGGAACACCAAUCGAACCCAAGUACGUGAAGAAACUGCGCUACUGUGAUUACUUGGGCAAGUAUUUCUGUAACUCUUGCCACUGCGACUCUGAAUCCUGCAUCCCUGCCCGGAUUCUAAUGAAAUGGGACUUCAAAAAGUACUAUGUCAGCAACUUCUCCAAACAUCUCCUGGACAGCAUAUGGCAACAACCAGUGUUCAAUCUGUUGGACAUAAGCAACAACCUCUACAGCAAGGCCAAAGAACUGGACAGAGUCAGAGAAAUUCAAGAGCAGCUUAUUCAUAUCAAGAAAUUGUUGCUGACCUGCCGAUUUGCUGAAAGUGUUCUAAAAGAGUUUGAGAAGGUGCCGGAGCACUUGACCAAUGCACUCCACGUAUUCUCUCUGGAUGACCUCGUCAAGACCAAGCGGGGACUCCUCGCACCCAUUCUCAGAGGUAUUCUGAGGGCCGGCCUUGCACACGUGGACAGCUGUCAGCUGUGUCAAGGAAAGGGAUUUAUUUGCGAGUUUUGCCGGAGCCCAGUGGUCAUCUUCCCAUUUCAGACUGCGGCAUGUAAAAGAUGCUCAGCUUGCAGAGCUUGCUUUCACAGACAGUGCUUCCAGGCCGGAGCAUGCCCCAGGUGUCAGAGGAUCAUGGCACGGAAGACAAGUUCGCCACCUGAGGAGGUGUGAGCCCACAAACAAGGAACCGGAGAGAGCCUGGUGCCCCAGCAUAGCCGAUGUUGUUUUAAACAUUGUGUGUUAUGAGUUGGGUGGCGGGUGUGAGGUUUAUUAUACAUUUUUUUUUUUUUUUAAAGGACGCUCAAUCCUUGUGUGGCUUACGAGAGAAGUUUUUUAAAACAGUCCCAAAGAUACAAAUGCUGUUUAAACACUUUUUGCUGCUACAGGGUUUUGUUUCUUUUUUUAAAAAAUAAUUGUGAUACCUAAGAUGGAAUUUUUUGCACUUUCCGAUUUCUCUAUUUAUGCAAUACAGUUAAAUGUUGUGGAACAUGUGUUUUAAGCCUCAAGUGAACUGAUAAAAAUCUUGAGUUUCUCUUACUUUAAAAAUCUGAGAUGUGAAACUGA